GCACCCCUCAUAUCACCUUCACCACCUGCCCAUGCUCCUAUAAUCGCCUAUAAUACGCCCCUUCGCUUCCUACUGCCAUAGCCACAGCCUUAGGAACUCUAAUCAACCAUAUUUGCGUGCAUAUUGCAUCUAUAUUUGCAUCAAAUCCAUGGCCGUCAACGUCCUCUCUUCCAACGUCUCCCCAACAACCACCGCACCCUCAACGGCCACCACAAUGAAUAAGCGCUUCCCUCCUCUAGCCGAUAGAUCCUCCCUCUCCUACAAGCUCACCAACCUCUCCAAACAAAAACUCGCCCGUGAGGCGACUGCCCCAGACCCGGAUAUCCGCCGCUGCCUCCACCAUUUCCGCAUGCACUGCCUGUCCGUAGAAUGGGCGCAGCAGGAGACCGCGUCCAAGAUCACCUCGUUUGAGUUUGAGGAUGACUCGGAGUCGGAGGAUGAGGAGGCGCACCAGGGGAAGGCUGAACAGCUGCAGCAGAAACUCGACUCUCUCACCCCUUCCCUGACGCCGGCACCGACGCCGGCGCCUUCUGAGCUUGAAGUUCAGGCCGUGAACGAGCCUGAGGCUCAGGCCCAGGCUCAGCCUGAGACACCGUCGCCUCCAAAGGAGGCUGAUCAGACUAUCCAUGUGCACUUUGAGGUCGCUGCUCCCGCCUCUACUUCGACUUCGGCUGCGGCUCCGGCUCCUCUUUCUGACGAGAGAGAGAAGGAUGCUGCUGGCGGUAUCGUCGACAAGGGUCGAAGGUGCCUUGAGAAGGCAUGGCCGUCGCCGGCGCAAUGCAUGCCUGUUCGCAUUGCUGGUUGAUUGACCGUUGGGCCUA